AUGUCUGAAUCUCCAAUAAUAUCUAUUUCACCGGUGUCCGAUUUAUCAAAUGACACAACAACUCAAAAUAAAAAAUUCUUAGGGAUAAUAACCUUAAAAUCACCAAAUUUUAAUGGUUUUCUCGCUGAACACUUACACAUCUCUCCUUAUUUAGUCGCAGAGAUAUCACGUACUUUUAUAUCUUUUGUGGGUCUGGUAAUAGCUAGUUUCCUUUGUACUUUUGCUAUACAAUGGUCUGAUUUUCGGUGGAAAAAUUCUGAUCAUGAUAAGGAAGCUUUGGUAGAUCUUGGCUUCGAUUUGAUACCAGAAACCAAUUACGUUUUUCUCGCUGACGUUGCUAUGCUCACUUUGCUUGUUGGUUCUUUGAUUAUCACCAUGGCUAUUGCUGAGUCUAAUAUUGCGAGAAUCGUUAUUAUACGUCGUGUCUUUUGGUUGCUCAAUUUUUUAUUAAUAUUCAGAAUGAUUACCAUUAGUAUUACUACUUUACCUAGUCCAAAGGAAUGUACUCCCCUCGAACCGGGAAAUUUUUUGCAUAUGUUUAAAACUGCCUUCGAUCUUAUAGUUGGAUCCGUUAAAGCUUGUACUGAUAACAUCUUCUCUGGUCAUGGUACUUUUAUCACCAUUAGGUAA